GCUGCCGCCAACGCUGAAGCUGCAGCCGAUGCCGCCGCCGUCGUGGCCCCGGAGCCGAGGUGCUUAGGGUCCUCCCGCCCCUGGGCCUGGGUCCGGCGCACGCGGCCUCCUACCCCAGGUCGGCCCCCUUCCGGAGCUCCAGCUGCCGCCUGGAGACUCGGACAGGUUCGUCUCCCGGCCCGGCCCUGGCCCCGGCCCCGGCCCCGGCCCCGGCCCGGGGCCCCGCAGUCUCCUCCGCCCGGCCCGCCUCCUUGGGGUUCGUGGCUUGCUGCUGCGCUGCUCCCCUCCGGGCCUGGUCCCCCGGAGCUCCCGCUCUUGGGCCGCGCGGCCCCUCGCUCAAGCUCGGCUCAGCUCGGCCCAGUGCCUGUCCGGCUCCCACGCCUCCAGUCCCCUCGCUCUGGCCUCCCCCCAGCCCCCAGCUUUUCCCCAUCCUUUUCCAUUCCCCCCAGUUCCCUGCCCCCAGCAUUUUCUUCCCGGGGAAGGCUUUGGGCCUGGGCCCUGGGGCCCCCCUUCCCGCAACCCCAGCCCCUCUAGUCUUAGGGCCCCUGCCCCGCCUCCCCUGCCCCUCCGCCCCUCACUCCCACCCCUCAGCCCUGGGGUUCCAGGCUCUCAGGCCUUCAUUUCCUUAGCUCCCUCCCCCUCUCUCCGCCCCACCCCCUCUCUCAGUUCCCAGGCUCUUAACCAUCAGGUUCCUGGCUCCUGGUCCCAUAGCCCAGUACAUCCCUGCUCUCACCCUCUAUCCCAACCCCAAACCCUGCCACCAUGCUGCCAUCCCAGGAGGCCUCGAAGCUGUACCAUGAGCAUUAUAUGCGGAACUCGCGGGCCAUUGGGGUGCUGUGGGCUAUCUUCACCAUCUGCUUCGCCAUCAUCAACGUGGUGGUCUUCAUCCAGCCCUACUGGGUGGGCGACAGUGUGAGCACCCCUAAGCCCGGCUACUUCGGCCUCUUCCACUACUGCGUGGGGAGCGGGCUGACUGGCCGGGAGCUCACCUGCCGAGGCUCCUUCACCGACUUCAGCACCAUCCCGUCCGGGGCCUUCAAGGCGGCUGCCUUCUUCGUGCUGCUGUCCAUGGUGCUGAUCCUGGGCUGCAUCACCUGUUUCGCCCUCUUCUUCUUCUGCAACACAGCCACAGUCUACAAGAUCUGUGCCUGGAUGCAACUGCUUGCAGCUCUGUGCCUGGUCCUGGGCUGUAUGAUCUUCCCCGAUGGCUGGGACGCGGAGACCAUCCGGGACAUGUGUGGGCAGAAGACAGGGAAGUAUUCUCUGGGGGACUGCUCUGUGCGCUGGGCGUACAUCCUGGCCAUCAUCGGUAUUCUCAAUGCCCUCAUCCUCUCCUUCCUCGCCUUUGUGCUGGGUAACCGGCAAAACGACUUGCUGCAAGAUGAACUCAAGACAGAGAGCAAAGAUUUUGUUGGCUCUGCGAACAUAACAGAGAUGCUGCCACUGGGCCUUGCCCUCUCUGGAGGCCCCGGACUGGACUCUUUCCCGCCUUUUUCUGCCAACGACGGCUCAGUGACGUGCACCUCGAAGCCUCAGAUGCUGCCAUCCUCCCUCGGGCGGCCUCCCCGAGACCCUGCUCUCCCCAGCCAGCUCACCUAAGACGAAGAUGACCUGCCUGGAGGGAAGGAGCGCGGAGUUCCGGGGUCACUCACCCUCCCCCUUCACCCGACAUCCCACUAGCCACCGACCCCUCGCGUCCACCGGGGUCCCGACAACACCGCUUUGUGUCAAACAAAAAGAGCGACUGAAUUAACUGCCGAGAUUCCGAGACGCUGGGGAAGGCUCCUGGACGGCUGUCCCUCCAUCUCCCUCCGUCCGGGACCCCUGCCCCCUCUCUCGCCCUUUCAUGCUGAACAAGAGCGACUACGGACCUGGGCGGGAGGGGAGGGGGGCGCCCCCCUCCUCCUGACCCAUCUCAGGAGGACCGCUCCACGGACUGGGCCCAGCCUGCGAGCCCCCCAGCCCCGCCCCCGGCCUGGGCCCGUUUUGUACAGCACAGAAUUCUCAGUUCUUUCGUUGGUGGGGAUGGGAGGGGGAAGGGACGAGGGGCCCGGAGACGGUCAUUCCUCUCCUCCAUCUGCCAGUGGCAGAAACUGUCCUGUUUCUUUGAUACUUUUAUGUGCAACUUGAACUUGCAGCUCACCUCCAAACAGGGUACUCCCCAUCCUUGCCCCCCUGCCGCCCCACGUCCCGUCUCCUCUCUGCACCGCCCCUCCUUCCACCACCACGUCAUGCUUUAAGCCCAUUGUUUUGGAGACUUGCGGGGCUGUCAAUGGGGCCAAGGAACGUGUGAGUGUGAGUGUGUGUGUGUGUGUGUGUGUGUG